CGGCGGCGGCGGCCGCGGCCAGAAAAGAAGGAAAGUCCCGCUGCUAUUGCUGCUGCUUCUGCUGCUGCUUCUGCUGCUUUCGGUCGUCUUCCGCUCCGGAUCCUGACUCCCGGACGCCCCUCGCGCAGAGCCUCCCUCGGCUCGGCCCCCUGAGUGCUCCCGGCCGGCGGCUCGCCCGGCGCCGGCCCCCGCGCGCCCCCCGCGCCCCCCCUCGCCGCCGCGGGCCCCGAGUCCCGGCCGCCGCGGCCGGGCCCGCGCGCAGCGCCCGCAUGUACAACAUGAUGGAGACGGAGCUCAAGCCGCCGGGCCCGCAGCCCAGCUCGGGGGGCGGCGGCGGAGGAGGAGGCAGCGCCACGGCGGCGGCGGCGGGCGGCAACCAGAAGAACAGCCCCGACCGCGUCAAGCGGCCCAUGAACGCCUUCAUGGUGUGGUCCCGGGGCCAGCGGCGCAAGAUGGCCCAGGAGAACCCCAAGAUGCACAACUCGGAGAUCAGCAAGCGCCUGGGCGCAGAGUGGAAACUUUUAUCCGAGACGGAGAAGCGGCCCUUCAUCGACGAGGCCAAGCGGCUGCGCGCGCUGCACAUGAAGGAGCACCCGGAUUAUAAAUACCGGCCGCGGAGGAAAACCAAGACGCUCAUGAAGAAGGAUAAGUACACGCUGCCCGGGGGGCUGCUGGCACCUGGCGGCAACAGCAUGGCGAGCGGGGUCGGGGUGGGCGCCGGGCUGGGCGCGGGCGUGAACCAGCGCAUGGACAGCUACGCGCACAUGAACGGCUGGAGCAACGGCAGCUACAGCAUGAUGCAGGAGCAGCUGGGCUACCCGCAGCACCCGGGCCUCAACGCGCACGGCGCGGCGCAGAUGCAGCCCAUGCACCGCUACGACGUGAGCGCGCUGCAGUACAACUCCAUGACCAGCUCGCAGACCUACAUGAACGGCUCGCCCACCUACAGCAUGUCCUACUCUCAGCAGGGCACGCCCGGCAUGGCGCUCGGCUCCAUGGGCUCGGUGGUCAAGUCCGAGGCCAGCUCCAGCCCCCCCGUGGUCACCUCUUCCUCCCACUCCAGGGCGCCCUGCCAGGCCGGGGACCUCCGGGACAUGAUCAGCAUGUACCUCCCCGGCGCCGAGGUGCCGGAGCCCGCCGCCCCCAGCAGACUGCACAUGUCCCAGCACUACCAGAGCGGCCCGGUGCCCGGCACGGCCAUCAACGGCACGCUGCCGCUGUCGCACAUGUGAGGCCCGGCCCGGCCCGGGGACCGCGGGGCCGAGGACUGCGCUGCACCACGCGGGGGCUUGGAGAGGAGGACCAGCGUGGCGACAGAGAGAGAGAGACGGGGGAAACUCACACACAUGCACACACGCGCGCACACACCCGAAAACAAACAAACACACACACAAAAAAGCAACCCGACAGGUUUAAAAAUGAGCAAAAAAUUCGUCCCCACGGCCAGUGACAGCUGCGAGAGGACACCGGCUCCAUCCACACUCACGCAAAGAAGGAAGGAAAGGAAAAAUAAUAAUAGUAAUAAUAAACUGCGAGGCCGAUGAGAAAACUUUUAUGAGAGAUCCUGGACUUCUUUUGGGGGGGCGGGGGACUAUUUUUGUACAGAGAAAAAAAUUGGGGAGGCGGGGUGGGGCGGGAGGGCGAAUGGGGAAUGGACCUUGUAUAGAUCUGGAGGAAAGAAAACUACGCAAAACUUUUUAAAAGUUCUAGUGACUUACGGUAGGAGCUUUGCAGAAACUUUGCAAACGUCUUUACCAAUAAUAUUUAGAGCUAGUCUCCAAGCGACAAAAAAUGUUUUAAUAUUUGCAAGCUACUUUUGUACAGUAUUUAUCGAGAUAAACAUGGCAAUCAAAUGUCCAUUGUUUAUAAGCUGAGAAUUUGCCAAUAUUUUUCAAGGAGAGGCUUCUUGCUGAAUUUUCAUUAAGCAGCUGAAAUUUGAGGACAGUUGCAAAUGUGGAGAGAAGAAAAUUUAUUUCGAUUUGGACAGUCUACUUGUUUAAAAAUUGUACAAAAGGAAAAAUCAGAAUAAGUACUGGCAAAACCAUGUCCAUGGUCUUUAAUGGGUCAAAAGUUAGAGUGUACUAAAUUUUUAACUUUAAUGUUAAAAGCAAAAGAAAUGGCCAUGCAGGUUGACAUCGUUGGUAAUUUAUGAUAGCUUUUGUUUCCCAACUUUCCAUUUUGUUCAGAUAAGAAAAAAAAACAUGAAAUUACUGUGUUUGAAAUAUUUUCUUAUGGUUUGUAAUAUUUCUGUAAAUUGUGAUAUUUUAAGGUUUCCUCCCUCCCCCCUUUAUUUUCCGUAGUUGUAUUUUAAAGAUUCGGCUCUGUAUUAUUUGAAUCAGUCUGCCGAGAAUCCAUGUAUAUAUUUGAACUAAUACCAUCCUUAUAACAGGUACAUUUUCAACUUAAGUUUUUACUCCAUUAUGCACAGUUUGAGAUAAAUAAAUUUUUGAAAUAUGGACACUGAAA